CAGUAAUUCAUUUGAUGUCAAACCCGAAAAACACAAUAAAAGAUUUGCUCUCCCUCCACUAUCCAUCGCAUCCUCUCUCUCUCUCUCUGCUCUUCUUUGUCUCCAUUCGAGGAGGCGAAGACCCUCGGUUUGAUCUCAUUUGAGUCGAGUGUACGGCGGGUCGCGGUCGGUAUGGAGCAGCAGAGGAACCCCAAGACGGCGGAAGCGCACGGCGAGCAAAUCGAAGAAAUCCAGCACGGCCCAUUCCCUGUCGAGCAGCUUCAGGCGUCAGGCAUCGCUUCUGUCGAUGUAAAGAAGUUGAAAGAUGCUGGACUCUGUACGGUUGAAUCUGUUGUUUACUCUCCCAGAAAGGAACUGCUGCAAAUUAAAGGAAUCAGUGAAGCCAAAGUUGACAAAAUCAUUGAAGCAGCUUCUAAAUUGGUGCCUUUGGGUUUCACAAGCGCAAGCCAGCUACAUGCACAGAGGCUUGAGAUCAUCCAGAUCACAUCUGGAUCAAGAGAGCUGGAUAAGAUCUUGGAAGGAGGUAUUGAGACAGGAUCCAUAACCGAGAUAUACGGUGAGUUUCGAUCUGGAAAAACUCAGCUCUGUCACACCCUGUGCGUCACUUGCCAACUUCCAUUAGAUCAAGGAGGCGGUGAGGGAAAGGCGAUGUAUAUCGAUGCUGAAGGUGCAUUCAGGCCACAGAGGCUAUUACAGAUAGCAGACAGGUAUGGACUUAAUGGAACUGAUGUAUUGGAGAAUGUUGCCUACGCUAGAGCUUAUAAUACUGAUCAUCAGUCAAGGCUUUUGCUUGAAGCAGCUUCGAUGAUGGUGGAAACAAGAUUUGCCCUUAUGAUUGUGGACAGCGCUACGGCUCUUUACAGAACCGAUUUCUCUGGGAGAGGAGAACUGUCCGCUAGGCAGAUGCAUCUCGCUAAGUUCCUCAGAAGCCUUCAGAAAAUGGCUGAUGAGUUUGGUGUGGCUGUUGUGAUCACGAACCAAGUAGUUGCGCAAGUGGAUGGUUCUGCCCUCUUUGCUGGGCCUCAAAUCAAGCCUAUUGGUGGCAACAUCAUGGCGCAUGCCUCGACAACAAGGCUUGCUCUUCGGAAAGGAAGAGGAGAGGAGCGCAUUUGUAAAGUGAUCAGCUCACCUUGUCUGCCAGAGGCCGAAGCUCGGUUCCAAAUAUCUCCAGAAGGUGUUACUGAUGUCAAGGACUGAUUGCCUUUGAAUCAUCCUCCCGAAAGCUUGUUUGGGCCAAAUCCGUUCAUCGGCGACUCUUUUUCCAUCAUUGGAUCUGGAAGCAAUCGUAGCACUCGCUCGUAGUUCGGUGUUAACAGAUUAGGAGGGGCUGUGACAAUGAUGAUGAUGAUGAAGCAUUUUUUGGCGUUGUUCAACUGUCAAAUGCCUCUGCAAGCAUCACAUUUGUGUAAACUUGCUCUUUGAGAUUGAAAGCCAUUGCAUUGCCUUUCUUGCUGCAUUGAUAGCUAGUGAGUAAUAGGAUCCCGUUACAUUCGAGUGAUCAAGCAAUUGCCGGUCGUCAUUUUGUUAGU